AUGUUGAAAAGACAAAGAGAAAUAAGUUCAGAACCCGCUGUUAAGCAAAGAAGGUUGGAACAGAGGCUUCCCUCCUUACCAGUACAUGGAAAAAGACCUAUACUGAAGGCAGGACUGUCAUGGACGGUCAAAGGAAAGGAUGAAGGCGCCCAAGGGUCUUUCCUGUUUGAUACCGGUUGUACAGGAGCUAUCCUCAACCAGAGUUUUGUCAGGAAACAUGGAAUUCCCUUAGUGCGGCGGGAUCAACCUCUGACAAUGUUUGAUGCUCAAGGAGAUGUCAUGAUGGGAGGAGGCGAGUAUUACACUCACCCGGUCUGCAUGACUAUGGGAGAUCAUAAGGAGACACUCCGAUGGGAGGUGGCUACACUGGAAGAAGGAAUGACCGGUUACCUACCAAUUAGUUGGGCUAGGAAGCAUAACCCGGACAUCAAUUGGGAACUCAACACCAUGAGCUGGAGGAGUGACUACUGCAAGCAGAAUUGUCUCCCAGCGGCCACCAAGAUUGAACUGAUCUCUCCAUACCAGAUGUUGGAAGAAGAAGAGACAGUCUAUCAAUUGGUUGGUUCAGUAUGGCAUGAUGAGGACGGAGGUGUGAGGGAUGCGUACCAGACCACAAGAGUACACUUCGCAGAGCUCAGAGUUCGGCUAACAGCUACAAAGGUAGAAGUCUCCAAGGUCUCUUCAGUCAACGUCGAGUAUAAUUCUCCCUGA